AUGAAGCAUUACAGAAAGCCGAAAUCGAGCUUCCGUCAAAGGUUGAUUUCACAUAUCAAAUAUGGAUUCACCAUAUCCGCGUUCCACGGAAUGAACCACGUUGUGGCGACGAAGAGGCAUAUACUUGAGAGGAUCCUCUGGAUCAGUAUAAUCACGGCAUCGCUGGCAUUUGGAAUAUCGAAAAGCUACACGAUAUAUACGCAUUAUCAGAAGAGCCCAAGUGUGGUAAAUGUAGAACUGAAUAGCAACGAUUGGUUGGCAGAAUUUCCUAGUCUCACACUUUGUCAGUCUAAGUUGAACGAAGUGGCGUUAAAGAAAUUAUUCAAGUAA